AUGAAGCGUCCAGCUAGUGUCAUGGACAAUGAUGUCGGCUACCUCUCUGACGAGACGUUGGAGUUGCCAGGCACGAGAGACAUGUCGGCUACCUUCAAAGGGUUGAAUGUCAGGCCGCCAUUUGCACAAUGGCUGGUGGAGGGAUUCAAGACCAUGGAAGUGAGGAAGUACAAUCUUGGAACCCAUGGCAUGGCCCCAUGCAUGUGGGUAGUCAAGACAAAGGCCAGUGCCAAUGACAUCACUCUCGUUGUCGGCAUUGUCCAGUUCGAUGAGUCAAAGGUGGUGGAGUACACGAACAGGGAGCAGUUUCAGCAGGAUUGGGGAAAGCACAGGAUUCCUGAUUUGAAGUUCGGGAUUGGCUGUGAUUGGAACUUUGAGAAGCCAUUGUAUGGCUGGCCCGUCAAGAAGUACGUCAAGCUCGUGAAUGAAAUCGUGGUCGAUGGAAGGUUUCCAACAAGGUCAAUGCUGGGAUGGAUCAAGGACCCAGUGACUCUGGACAUCACGGUCCAUCAUGAUGAGGUUGAGGAGGUGAACGAGAUGAUGGACCACAAAGAAGAUGCUGCCUACAUGUGGUCUGGGGAGAUGUCGGCACCACCAUGGUGCCAAUCUUUGGCAGAGCUGGUGGCGAACAAAAACCCCACCUUGGAAAUGGAGGACAUGUUAGUCUUUAAUGUUUGGUCGGAUUGCGCCGGCAUGAGCUCGGAAACUCUGGCCCUGAAGAACUACCGGGAACUGAAUGAGCAUAUGUGGUUGACAACAGACAUGGUUUCCAGAUGCCUUAGCGAAGAUCAGAAGGUGUUGGAAAGCACAGAGAACGGGUUCUCAGAAAUGCCAGACUUUGAUAUCUACGUGGCCGGAUUUCCGUGUACACCAUGGAGCAGGUUCUAUGUGAUCGGCUUGCUCAAGACCUUAGCAUUCCCUUUGGACAAUGGAAUGCUGCAUGAAAAGUUGACCAAUGUUUGUGAGAAGAUCAAGAUCGAGACCGCUCCUGUCAGGGACUACAUGACCUUCCUGGGCUUAAAGCCUGACGUAGACUGGGACAUACUGCACACCAUUCCGAUGGUCUCAGUGCUCCGAGUGCGCUGUCGGUGCACCCUGGAUCCAAACUCGGUGUGUGAGACACACCCAUGCAAGUGCCCGGAAUGCCGUGGUGCAAAGGGGAGCCCAGGUCUGACAUGCAAAUGGCGUUCCCUGCACACGGAAUACCUGUUGAAGAACCUUUCCCAUGUGGUGUUGGCAAAUGAAAUUGAGAAAGUCACCUACUGUGAGGCGUUGGAAAUAUCAGGCACAAAAGCCCCUUCCUCCCCUCGUGAGCGGAAUCUUUUGAACAUCAUGUCCUACCACAGUGAUUCCAUGGCAAGCUCCUUACUGGUGUUGGACAAGAGCCAAGCCAUCAACCGUACUCAAAUGCGCAAUGAUGGGAUCAUCCCAACGUUAUGCACCUCCAGUUCUCUUUGGCUGUUUGCCAUGGGGCGGGAGUUGACUGCUGCCCAGCUGGCGGCUCUGUUUGGCCACACCAGUGACAGCAAGUUUGGCGGGCUCACGGAGAAGGGGGUGAUUGGACUUCUUGGAAAUUCAAUGCACUUGGCAGAGGUUGGAACCCUUGUGGCCAGCGCGGUCUUCAUCAAGGGGCGAUUGCUGUGGGUACUGGAUGAAACAUCCGACACCCAGUGCUUGAUCUGGGUUGGUGAGGAAAGUCCCGAGCCUAUCUUGGUGGUCGAGAUUGUACGAGACGCGAUGGUCAACUUUGGAUUUGUCACAGGCUUUGUACGGCCGUACCCAGGUACGAGACGCGAUGGUCAACUUUUUGCUGUGCAACAUACCUCAUUGAUUUUGGCGUGCAAGCCAAGUGACGUUUUGUCACUUGGCUUGUACGCCCGUACCCAGGUACGGGCGUACGAGCCAAGUGACGUUUUGCAACAGGCAGAAGCACGAAAGAUGGCGAAAUCCACGAAGACCGAUGUGGACUUGAAAGCACAUUUGGUGGAAGCCAUGACUGCAUGGACAGCUUCAGAUGAGGGAAGGCUUGGAGAGCCCUUGGGGUCAAAGUGCCCAGUCCGACCAGUGGAUGAACUCAAGGACUUGGUCUCGAAGAAGACACGAGUUCAGACUGGGGGGUCUUGUGCAAUGCUGGCCCUCGGUGAAAGGGCAGUGGGCGUAUGGCAGACUCGCCGGAUCGAGACUGUCUUGAUGAAGUGGGACGGUGUUCCAGGGAACUUGGGCCACAUCAUUCCCACCUUGAAGGUGAAUUCGGAUCUGUGGGCUUCAGACACUGGCACGAUCAAAGACCUGCAGCGGCUCAACGGCGAUUCCGAGUUGGCAGCUGCGCUUCUGAUAGCCUAUUGGUUCAGGAACAACAGUGACAUUUGCCACUGGUUGAAAAGAGAGCUUGCAGACAUCGUGUUGGAAUUCUACAGCUACGGCGUGGGCUCGCAGUUCGACUUAGCAAAGUUCGGUCUGGUCGAAGAGGAAGAACGGGACCGGCAAGUCAUUGGACUCGGGGCGGCCGACAAGUGCCUUGUCCUAGCGAAGAUGGUGGAUGGCGCAAUGACCGAAAUGGCCCUGUCGGAGGACAAGGCGAUCGAGGCCUUGUUGAGCAAAGGGAACUACAUGAACCUCAGCACUUGCCAGCGCUACACCAACAUGGGCAGAAAGCUGAAGGAGCUUCCAGCUGUCAUGGAGGCAUUGAACACCAUGUCCCACCGCUUUGGGCGUGAUGGUCCCCUUGACGGAAUCACCAACCUCCGCUCCCUGUUCUCACUGGGCCUCAACUCCGAUGACAUGGUCUUUGUCAUCGAGAAAGCUUCUGGUAUCAGAAAAGCGUUGGGCCCCGUGCGCACUGGCACGAUUCGGUUUGACGUGACCAAAGUUCUGAAGGCCAUUCUCGUUCGCAGGGACUACAUGGUGCAUUUGCGUAACCAGUUUCCCAACAUGGCUAGCUACAUGCAUGACCACGGAACGUUGGCAUGGUACACACGAACCUUCGGUCUGAACAGUCUCGGGGAAAAGGAUGGCCAAAGAGUUGAAGAGCAAGAUGAAGAGGAGAAUGAGCAGGACCAGCAAACACAGGCCAGUAGCUUUAUGUCCCUGAAACCCUUGGUCACCUUCGUGGAGAGAAUGAUGAGGGGGACCUAUGAUAUCGCGCUGUGCAAGCUGUCAGGGGAUUCGAUUGCAGGGAAAUCAUUGAACCUUGGGUCCCAGGAUGACAACAUGAAGAGCAUCAUCAGUGACAUCUCCGCGAAGUAUGCCUUGGACUUCCCCGCCCCCAAGGAGAAUGCCCAUGAAGCUCGCAUCACACAUGCUGACGGCAUGGAGGUGAUCAAAUCGACGGUGCAGGACAAGGCAGACUAUGAGAUCGAGUUGGACAAGUACCUCAAGGCCUCUGCGGAAAACGAAACCCAGCAAAUCAAGGAGUACAUCAUGUCCAGGAUCGCCUUUGUCAUCGACGACCUGACCGACGACUUGCCAAGCAAAAUCGCAAAGCAGGGCCUGGCAAAGGAGAGCAAGAGAAAGAUGUGCAUCUACUCUACAGAGCUUGAUGGCCCUGUGGCAUGGCAGCAGAUCAAGGCACGCAGGUUGAACCCAUUUGGGGGAACUGGUCCUGGAGUCUCCAAGACCCGGGUUGAACGUGCAGUGAACAUUUAUGAGGAGAUUCGUCGUGCUGAGCGUGACGCGGAGUUGCAGGACAAGUCCUUGUUGAUCAUGACAUGCAAGUCGGCCCUGGACGUCGUGAAAAAUGAGCUUGGCAAACUGACGGGUGCCAAGAAGCAUGCCUUGACAGUGGCCACCAUCGAACCGAAUGCCACUGACUCCCUCCAAAGGUUCAAGCGUGGGAGGAGGGCAUUUGGGAGCAAGAUUGAGGAUCGUUUCGUUGCUUGCUCAGUGUCUGCCAUCUCCAGCGCGCACUGUGGUGCCAUGCAGUUUCUUGAGGGAGGGGACACCUAUUUCACCAAGUGGCCAGUGAGAUUGAUCCCUGAGAAUGAUAUGACCCCGGACCGGGACGACUCCGAAGACUGCCAUGGGUCAAACGAUGCAAUGGACUUGAACAUGAAUGACAAGAACGUGGUUGCCUUUCCGCAUGAACACCAUUGGACUUUGACGCAGGAGUUCUUGGCGGUCUUCGGCGGCCCGGGCAGUGUCACUUUGAUCGACUUGACCCCAGGCUCUGGUGCAAAGCUCCUCGGAGUGCUCCUCUCCAAUGGCAGGGGAAUCGGGGUUGCCCGCACUGCAGCACACUGCAAAUGGAUGAUGGAGAAUCUGAUUGGAUGGACUCGGCAGAAGCGCCUGGUGCCAAUUACCCAAUUGGUGAAGCCAGACAGCCUGGUGCAGUAUGAGAAGCAGAACAAGCCAGCGCCAGCACCCAUCCCGAAGAACAGCCCGCAGCCGAAGGCAGUGAUGAACACGCCGCAGACCCCGAACCCGUCUCCAUCACCGAGCACACCUGCAGUGCCGAAAUCAGCUGGUAGCAAUGGUGGUGGGCCUUCUCCUCCUGUCAAGCCGACCGGCUUGCUGGAAGCCUUUGGCAAGGUGGCCCAGUCAUGA